ACACAGCGGGAAAAGAUUUGAUGUCAUGACCUUCACAAAUCUUUCACAUAAGUGGAUCCUUCUCUCAACAAAGCCCAUGCUGAUUGUGCUGGUGGUCUUGAUUGCAGCUCCAUGCAACGCCAUCAGUAUAAACUGCUCUGCACCGAACCAACUGGCACUGCUGGAGGCCCUGAAGCCGAUGUUUAAGAUGGGCGCCAUUCGGCCAGUCACAAACAUGACAACUCCAACCAACGUCAGCUUAUACUUCCUGCUCUAUGGAAUAUUAGGAGUGGAUGAGAAGGCCCAACUCCUGACGACUUAUCUUUGGCAGCAUUUUUGGUGGCAGAAUGAGUUUGUCAACUGGGACCCAGUCCAGUGUGGCACUGACAAGAUUACUCUUCCCAGACAUAAAUUUUGGGUUCCAGAUCUUGUCAUCCGUGAAUUUAUGGAUCAAGACAAAGCUCCAUUCGUUCCUUAUGUGAAUCUGCACAGCAAUGGAAAAAUGCACGACGCAAAACCAGCCAGAGUUGUCAGCUCGUGUAAUCUGGACAUCUACACUUUCCCCUUUGACAGACAGGACUGCACUCUUACCUUCGGUUCCUUCAUUAACUUGGCACGAGAUUUAAAGGUGUCUUUAUCGAUGUCGGACAAUCUCAUCACAGCGAAAUCCAAGAGAGUGAUGACCACUCUGGGGGAGUGGGAGCUGCUGAAUAUCACUGCCGUAAAGCUGAAUCAUCAUGACAGUGAGGAUAACUAUGUGGACGAGCUUCAGUUUCAUAUCCGACUGCGACGCAGGUCAACGCUGUAUGUAGUAAACCUGCUGCUCCCCAGCAUUUUCCUGAUCACAGUGGACCUUUUUAGCUUCCUGCUACCGCCGCAAAGCGUGGACCGCUCCUCCUUCAAGAUGACCCUCAUCCUCGGCUAUACCGUCUUCCUGCUGAUCAUGAAUGACCUGCUGCCUAUCACAGGAAACACCAUUCCCAUCAUCAACAUUUUCUUCUCUAUGUGCCUGGCUCUGAUGGUGGCCAGUCUCCUGGAGACAAUUCUCAUCACCAACUUGCUGCUCAGCUCGAAAAAUGUCAUUCCUGUUCCUCACUGGAUCCGCGUAUUUGUUCUGCACUUUCUGGGUCGUGUUGUUGGUCUGCCUUGGAAAGAAGUCAAAGAUGCAGACACAGGAAGCAGCAGCGUCUCGACACUGCGCGGAUGUGAUGACAACCCUCACGAGGAGAAAGAACCAGCAAUGGAGGACAGGGCCCUACAGGAGCUGAGGAGCCUUGGUGGAGACCUGAAAGUCCUCCGCCUGCAGGUGGAGCAGCAGCUGGGGAGCACCCAGAGCUCAAAAGAGUGGAUCCAGGUGGGUUUCAUCAUAGACCGCGUGCUGUUUGGCAUCUACCUCCUCUUCAUAUCUGUCAGCUUCAUCACCAUCAAGAUCAUCUGGUUCAAAUCCAAUGGCCAGUAGAUGACAACUUUUUUUGUUGUUUUUCUGCAAGUGAGUGAUAAGCUCAUUUUGACAUGCUUAAUUUAUUAUUUGUAUUACUUUGAGGAGUAAUUCUUAAACUAUACCUGCUACGCAAUUAGUGCUGAUUAGAUAUGUGAAAGUAUACAAGCAUAAAAAUAAAAUUGUAUGGACAAAUACCUGAUAGUUUGGCUGAUCUUCAUUUCAAUCUACGACAUUGUCUAUUAAGCUUUUCCGUUCAAUCUGCCUAUCGCCCAGUCAGCCGGGAUAGGAUCCAGCUUCCCCGUGACCCGAAUGAGGGCAAGCAUUAUACAAAAUAGUUGGAUAAUCGGAUAUGUGGAAAGUUCCCGUUCAGGGGAGAGGCAACCGUGAGAAAAAAAAGAUUUUAUACUUUCUUAUCUAACUUAAAUUAAAAGACCAGAUUAUACAAAGCCUGCCUUCGAAUCCAAACGCCAUCUUCUUUAAGUGUGGAACCUUUUUAAUUCACCAUAUGUGUAUCAUGUAACAAUAUUAGUUUGUUGUUGAUAUGUUUGUAUUUGCCUUUUUUUUUCUAACUCUGCUUUCUGCUGCCAAGUCGGCGUUGCAAAUGAGAAUCUGUUCUCAGUUCCCUUACCUGGUUGAAUUCAGGUUGAAGUAAAAAGGCAAAAUAGCUCAAAUGUGGUGUAUGAUGGGAAAAAGUUGGGUUGAGUUUUAUAUAGUAGCGGUGUGCAUUUCUCCACAAAAAAACGAUUCAAUACCGUUUUCAAUUUGUGGGUUCUGAAACAAGACAGGGGUGGGCCGAUUUGAAAGUGGAACGAUUCGAAUUGUUUCGACUCGGUGGAAUUCGAUUUUGAUUCGCAUCUUGAUAUAUUUCAAAGUGGAGUGAUUUGGUUCGGUUCGAUUCCAUACACGGGCAUUUUUCAAAUCAAAAAAUAAUUUUCUGGGUCAAACCAUUAAUCAUUACACCCCUGUUAUAUGGCCUUUCUCAAACUGAAUGCUUUAAAAAUGAUUGAAAUUGUGUAUAUUUGACAGAAAACCCAAUUUU